AUGUACGCAUUCAUUUACGUUUUUGAGGCAAACCAAAGGAACCAAGAUGAUCCGGUCUCUUUGCUUAGGAAGGCUCUAUCCGAUCUUCUUGUGUCCUAUUAUCCGCUUUCAGGCAAGCUAAUGAGGCGAAAAAUAGAUCGCAAGUUGCAGCUGGUUUGUAACUGGGAAGGAGUCCCUUUCGCGGUCGCCACAGCAGAUCGUGAUCUUCGCUCUCUAAACUAUAUAGAAAACUUUUCUGAUGAAGUUGCAUUGCAGCUUGUGCAUGAGCUGGAGGUCAACUAUGAGAGUGAGAUUGGUUGUCAUCCUUUCUCUUUGCAGGUGACCAGAUUUCCUUGCGGUGGAUUCACCAUUGGCAUAGCAGUGACACACGCGUUGUGUGAUGGGUAUGGUGUGGCUACGAUCUUCAAUGCUCUAACCGAGUUAGCCAGAGGAAAAACCGAGCCAUCGAUAGUGCCGGUAUGGCAAAGAGAACGACUGGUCGAGAAAAUAGACGAUGAACCGGCUAGAGUACCUGGCGCGGGAAGGGAAAGUCUUAUGGCCAUAUCACCAUAUAUGCCAAGCAGUGAUAUGGUCAUAGAGACAAUAAACAUUCUGGCUGAGACUAUAAAAAGGCUUAAGGACACAGUGGUACUUAAAGAAAGUUUCACUACUUUUGAAGUUCUUUGUGCUUACAUAUGGAAAUCAACUUCUCGGGCCCUAAAGCUAAACUUAGACGGGCUCACUGUCCUCAACAUAACUGUCGGAAUACGAAAUGUUCUAGAACCACCACUCCCCGAGGGAUACUAUGGUAACGCUUACGUAGACGUUUUCAUUGACAGUACUGUUAGAGAGCUCGAUAAAUCAUCGAUCUCUGACAUUGCAAAGCUCGUGAAGAGAGCCAAGAAUACAGUUCUUGACAAGAGAUAUGUCGAGGAGGAGCUAAAGAACACGGAGAGAAUGGUGAAAGAGGAUGCAAAAUUCAAAGGGGUAACCGAUGGUGUAUUUUUAAUGACAGAUUUGAGAAACACCGGAUUAUUCAAAUCAAAUGACUUUGGUUGGAACGAGCCUUUGAAUAUAUGGCCGUUGACUCCUGAUCAGGAUAUCCCAAGCAACAUUGGGAUUAUCAUGAGACCUUCCAAGUUGGAUCCAUCAAUGGAAGGUGGGGCUAAAGUUGUUAUGACAUUGCCAAGAGAUGCAAUGGUUAAUUUCAAGAAAGAGAUAUUGUUGAUGUGA